AUGCCCUCGGCGCCGCCCACCGCCGGCUCACGGCACGCGGGGGCCGUUGAAGUGAAGCCCCGCCGCUCGCCCCUUGACUUUUUUUUCCGCCCUUGCCCCGACGCCGCGCUCGCGUGCGGGGAGGACUCCCUUCUCCGCCAAAAGCCCGCGCCCGCAGCACCCGCGCUGAAGCGGCGUGUCCUCCGCCGGUUCCCCGUCCCAGCGGGGCUUUUUCUUGGGGGGCGCGGGCUCCCCCUGCGCGCGGAGGGCUCCGGGAAAUGGCUCCGGAGUGGGGCGCAGCCGCCGGCUCCAUCCCGCGGCGGUGUUGGGCGCGGCCGGGGGGAACACGGCUCCCCGAGACGCCCACAAGCGACGGGGGCCGUUGCAUUU